CAUGCACUAGCGGCGCCUUCCUUAUCAAGCUUCUUCCACCAAAUCGCAACCUACCGAGGCAGCUCCCACAGGGGCCGGGAGCCCGUCUGCUUCUCAACAAUUUUCUCGACCGAGCCGCCUUUUGCAGAUCGUACUUGGAAAUCUGUGCUCAGGUAGAAAUGAAAGUAUGGGACCCAUCUCCAUUCACUGUCUCCUCUUGCUUCUGUUUGGCAAAAGGUCGAGACGAAUACCACGCUCAUUGCUUUGUUUGAGCCCUUGAGCAUUCACUUCCAGUCUUCCGUUCUCAAAAUGGUUUCUUUCAAGUCUCUCCUUUUGCUUGCCACCGCGGCCCUGGUGACCGCCAAGCCGCUGGCUAUCCGCAGUUUUGAUGCGGACCUCGUCCUCCUUGACCUGGGAGCACUUGAUACUUCUGUCAAGGGUCUUACCUCAGCCAUCGAGGCUUAUGAUGGAGGUGUUGUCCAAGCUACUCCCAUCCUCACUGCCUUUUCUGCCGUUCACGUUGCCAACCGAAAAUGCUACGACACCUGUGGGAGCGUCAAGAACAUGACUUCUUCUGACUCUUAUACCAUCAUCGACUAUGUCACUCGUACUCUUGCGCUUGACAUUCCAGCGGGAAUCAAAGCACUCGAGGCCAAGAAGGAUGCUUUCGUCGCAUCGGAUUUGCAGUAUCAGGUCGUCAGCAGUUUGGAUUUACUAAAGUACGAUCACGAGAGUUUGAGUCAGGCUUUGGCGAAGAAGGAGAGUCAAGAGCAGGAUGUUCAGUUGAAGACUUAUGUAGUGGUCAAGGAGAUAGAUGAUGCUAUCGUUGGCGGCAUAUCGUAUUUCCAAUAGUGGCUAAUGAUUGGACGAGUAAUCUGGGGCCGAAGGAUUGGUGACGAAUUCUACGAGAAUGGCUUGCAGCCAAGACUUAGGGUUUUUGGUGAACGACGAUAGACUUCUAUUCAGCAACAGGGGGUUUAUCGAUGAUGAUGAUUAUGGCUGUCAUGCAGGCGAAUAAUAGACAGUCUAGAUUUGGGU